AGCACAGUUCAUGUCACGCUUAGUUUUCGAUCGGACAAGCGUUGUUUUAUUGUGAUCUGAGCCAUCGGUUUUAAGGACACAUAUCUUCCCCCGUUUAAGUAAAUGGAGUUUAAGCUUACGUGCGCUUCACUGCACCGGGCGUUGCAAAUACAGGUCCCGAGUGCGUAGACUUUCUGUAAAGGCACUUUGCAAAUACUGUGGUGGGCGGGUCACUGAAUGUCAGUGGAUGUGUGUUUAAAAUUGACAAGUUUGCAUCGUGUUUGCGCGCUGUCUGUGAAGUAGAUCAUUCACGAGGCGCGCAAAUUACAAACCGUCGCCUUGAAUUCGCUUGAAACACGGAUACUAAUCGAUUUCCAGCGAGUGUGACAGAUCUGCUAGUGGGUGAAUUAUGGAUGUUAUUCCCAUGUGCGGUAUUUUUCAGGAGCUGCAGAGCGUCCUCGAUACUGGAUACCUGUCUGCAUUACCAUCUUUAGAAGAGUAUUGGCAACAGACUUGUCUUGAGCUUGAACGCUAUCUUCAGAAUGAGCCCUACGUCUCUGCGGCAGAUCUGAGAUCAGCGUGCGAGUCUGACAAUUUGUGGAAUCAGUUUCUGCGAUGCUGCGGGACAGCUGGAGCAAACACGCCCCCGCAAAGAGCUUCUGUUUCCAAACAGGACGGGGUCUGCAAGACCCCUCCGCACCCAGAUCUUAAAGAAUGUUUCGCCACCAGCCGCCAGAAAAUUCCAUCUGCUGAUGUACGUUCACACCCACCGGGCCCCGGGGUAUCUGAGCAGGAACAUGCGGUCACAAACACGCCCCCAACUCCGCCUUGCUCUCCUCUGUCAGCCAAAGAGGUCCUGGACAUAGCAUCACUCUCCGUUAUACCUGCCGCAGAGCUGCGAGAAGAUGUGGAGAGGGAAGAGGAGCUCAAAGGUGAAGAGUCACCUGAAGGACGAAGGAGAACUCAUCGAUGUUGCUUCAACGGUUGCAGGAAGGUAUACACCAAGAGCUCCCACCUGAAAGCACAUCAACGCACACAUACCGGUGAGAAGCCGUACAGUUGUUCAUGGGACGGCUGCGAGUGGCGCUUUGCUCGUAGCGACGAACUGACGAGGCACUUCAGAAAACACACAGGAGCGAAACCCUUCAAAUGCAGCCACUGUGACAGAUGUUUCUCCCGUUCUGAUCACCUGGCCCUUCACGUGAAGCGACACAUGUGAAUGAGAUUCAGAGACGAAAAGAAUGAUAAAGGUUUCGAGCUUCAGGGUAGAUGGAGUCGAGCACUUUCUCUGUCAGAGAGUCAUGGCCCAAAAAGGCCAUACAAUUGGAAUGAAUCCGCGCACAAGAAUGAAUAGAAUGUCUGUGUGUGUGUGUGUGUGUGUGUGUGUGUGUGUGUGUGUGUGUAUGACUGACAGCUAGUUGUCUAGCUGGCAAGUUUUGUCCUCACAAAAAGCAGAAACUGAUUUGUGAAGACAUGUUAGGUGGUACAUGCUACUAUAUACUAGUAUUAUAGGGAUAGUUCGCCCCAAAACAUAUGUUAUCAUUUAUUCACGCUCAUGGCAUUCAAAACUUGUAUAUGUUUACAGUUUAAAAUAUUUUGGGGAAAAAAGUGUUUUUGUGUCUGUACAAUGGAAGUCAAUGGGGGCCCAUUUUUGUUUGCUUAGUAAUGUUUUGCAGAAGAAAAAACAUAAUAUAGGUUUGUAAUGACAUGACGAUGAGUAAAUGAUGACAAACAUUUUAUUUUUGGCUGCCCCAUACCUUAAAUCCAAUAAUGUGUGCGUGUGUUUAAUAGUUAACUUGAAAACGAGAACAAAGUUGUUGUGAAUUUUGCACUCUGAUCUCAGAUCUUACUUUUUUUGUGCAAAAUUGGGUACUGAGAUUUUACUAUGUUGUCUUUGUCUUGUUAAAGCUGUGUUUAAUGCAUUUACAAUUAUGAACAUUUUGUGCAAAUUUUGGUAUUAGCUUGUAUAACCAACUUAAAUCGCCAGCACAGUUUAUUAAUUAAUGUAUUAAUAAAACUCAGUUUAUGAAUCCAAUGCUUGGUUCUGAGCUAUAAACAAAUUGCAUUUCCUUAACCAGCAUUUCUUUCAAAAACAUUUUUUUAUUAGUUUACAUUUUAAUGAACUUUAGACAAGAUAAAUGUUGCAGAAAAAUGUUAUUCUGAGCAGCUGUGUACAUGUGGUUUUAUAAGAGUACAUUAUUGUCGGCAAAAUCAUGCAGAUUUAACUUGUCAUGCAGAUAAAAUUGUUACUGACUGUAUUGGGGCCUAAAACUGGUUUUGAUGCCAAAAAUUUUCAUUAUAAAAAAUCAUUUUGGCACAUUAACGUUCAGCAUUUAUAAAAAAAAAACUGAACAAUCCUAAGUGUUAUGAAGACUGAAAUUACUGAAUUGAAACCAAAAAAAAUGGUACAGUACUUUUCUGCUGUGAAACUGUGACUUUGUAGUUUAAAUGUAAAAAAAAUGCAGAACUCAGCAGAAACAGGUUUUGAGUAGUAUAUAUAAAUUACUGCACGAACAGAUUGACAUCAUGUUGACAGCCAGCUCUUAUGAAACCCAAGUAUUUGUUGUCCAUGUGUUUUGUGAGUGUUACACACACGACAUUGUUUGUUCUGAGCGAAAAUGUUUACUACAUUUUUAGAGAGAUUCUAAGUGCCUGAAAAUAUAUAUUUUUGUAACGAAAUUGAGGGAACAAGGUAAACAUUUUGUAUUUUAUGAAAAUCUGGAAAAAAAAACUCCCAUGCAACUGUCAUUCCAGUGUUUUUUAUUACAAUUUUACAGUCUUUAACGUUUGCUAGUCAACCAACUUUAAAAGUGCCUGAUGUAUGAAUGUUUAAAAAAACUUAUGAUGAUUUUGUUUGUUUUAAAAAAUACACACAAAUUGAAAAUAAAACUUGUCAAUGUAUACAUUUGAAGCACAAUAAUAAUACUCAUGUUAUAAAACCUGGAACACUUUUUUGUGGUUUCUUUAUAUGAUAUGCAAAAAUCAGAGAUUAUAUGGUUCACAUCUCCAGAUGGAAGUGUUAUAUCUCAUCAAAAACAAAAAGAUCCCAGAGGACUGUGUACAAAAAUAUUAUACGCUUUGUUCGACAUUGCAACAAAUAAAUAUUAU